AUGUGGGGCAUUGUCUAUAGCUGUCUCCUUGCCGUGUUUGCUUGCAUUUGGAUGGCGGUGCACCCGGACCUACCAAAGCCCUCUGAUGGUAUCUGGCCACCCAAAUCGCGCAUUGGCUUAAUGAUGGUUUCACUGGUUUCACCAGAGGGCAUUCUGGCGUUUGCAUGGCACCAAUUCUUGUUGUCAUGGAGAAUAUCAAAAAAACACAAGAUGGUUGAAGGGUGGACCUUGACGCAUUCAUACUUUGUCGUCAUGGAUGGUUUCUUUGACCCAUCAAAAGGAGGAGCGGCGGGCCUGAAUGACUUGGAGCGAUACCCCGGCAUAAUUAAGACUGGGAAUACUAGAAAGGCCGCAAUAGCAACAAAGCAGGAAAUACUUGACAACAGAAGCAAAGGCGAUGCGUUUUCCAAAUUUAUCAUUGUCCUUCAACUACUGUGGUUUAUCACCCAAUAUGUCGGACGAUGGGCAAGCCAUUUACACAGAUCGCAACUUGAGACAAUGACGCUGGCGUAUGCAGCAUUAUGUCUCUUUGUUUACGUGUUGUGGUGGCAUAAACCCGUUAACAUUCAAUUCCCAAUCCAUGUGACGGAAGAAGAGCCCCGUUCCGUUCCCCCGACGUCCGAGACAAAUGUCGAUCAACCAACACCUAAAAUGGAGACCGAUGUAGAUCAGAUGUCCCUCGUGCGGGUGCCUGGACCCGGGGAUGUGGAAGACAUUUUCAUAUUUGCAGCCACCGGAAUGAUCUUUGGGGGAAUUCAUUGCCUUGCAUGGUCGUUCCCCUUUCCGACACGCGCGGAGAUGAUUCUAUGGCGAGUUUCAGUGAUAUAUAUCACAGUGGCUCCUGUCUUUGUAGCGUUGGGCAUAUGGGUUGAAGCUCGUGUUAAUGGUGCUGUGAGUCAGGGUAUAGUACUAACAUUUAUUUCACUUGUUUACACUGCUGCACGGGUCCUCCUGCUUGUUCUCACCUUCAGUUCUUUGCGUUCACCUCCACCUGAUCUAUACCAGACCCCGUCUUGGUCAUCGUUUCUCCCGCAUUUUGGUUAA